GCUCUCGCUCGCUGCUGCCUCGGGCCCGGCCUCGCGCUGCUCGCCGUUACCCUGGUUACUCGGCCCGGCCCGGCCCGCCGCCCGCAGGAAUCGGAUGACAGAGGAGAAGAAGCUGUUCCUGAAUCGCUGUGUGUGUGCCUUCUUGCUUCUGUACCUCCUACCUGAUGGUGACAGUGAGAAAAGGACAUGCCCUGGGUGCUGGAGGUCCUAACUAAUGGACGCUACCUUUCUGAGACACCACUCCUUGAGGAUGUCCUGGGUACUUUAUAGAAUAACAUUAUUCUCCAAUGGAUGUCUCUGAUAGCCCUGAUCGUGACCCACGUUCCCCAGAGGACCAGCUCUCUGAUGAUGAUGACGAUGACUUAUUGCUUGAAGGGGGUCAUGAAAAUGAUGAAGAGGACGAUAUAGACAAACAUUCAGACAAUGAGGGAGAAGGCGUAGAUUCUGAAGACAAUGACCAUUGCAGUGAUGCAGAGGUUCAUAGUUUUGGUGAACCUGACAAUGAUGGGGAAACUCACGAAUCAGAGGUGGAGGAAGAGGAGGAAAAGUUGAGGGAGGAAGGUGAUUACAGUGAAGAAAGUGGAAAUGAGGAGCGACCUAAUGUAGAAUCUGACCGAGAUAAUAUUGUGAGUCCAAAAAGAACUUGUAGUGCUGAGCAAGCUGAAAAAGGUACCACUGAGAAACAAGAUUUGCAAGUCGAUGAGGAAGCCGCAAACGAUUUUAAGGACGAAGCGUCUUCUGUCAUCAGGGACCUGGAUGAGCAUGAGCUGGACUAUGAUGAGGAGGUUCCUGAAGAACAGCCAGGGGCUGUAACAGAAGACAGUGAGAAACAAAGCACUGAGGAGAAAAGCAGUGACUCACCAAAGGAGGGAGAGAAUGAAAAGAGUCAGCCUGAGGAGAGGAAGUCUGAAAGAGACAGAAAAGAUGCAUUUCGUGAGAGGAAAAAGGAUGAAGAUGAUGGGGAGCUAGAUGAAGGAGAAGUUGAGGAUGAUGACCUGGAGGAAGGUGAAGUGAAAGAUCCCAAUGAGAGGAAAGUCCGGCCAAAGCCCAUCUGCAGAUUCUUCAUUAAAGGUAACUGCACUUGGGGAAAUAAUUGUCGGUUUAUCCAUCCGGGAAUUAAUGACAAAGGAAACUACUCACUGAUAGCCAAACCUGAUCCUUUCUCACCUAAUGGAGGACAUCACCUAGGACCUCACCCACUGAUGCAGGCAAAUCCUUGGGAAACUCAUGUCUUGGGAGCUCCAGUAAUUGAAGAAUUGAUGCCUCCUAUUCCGUUGGAGCCUCCAGCAGAAAGUGCAUGGGAGAGAGGCCUGCGGCAUGCAAAAGAGAUGUUGAAAAAAGCCACCAUCAGAAAGGAACAGGAGCCAGACUUUGAGGAGAAGCGAUUCAAUGUCACCAUUGGAGAUGAUGAUUUUGACAAAGAAAAUGAUUUUUAUCGAGACUGGAAUUGUCGUGUUGCAAGAGACAUCAGAGAGCCAGGACCUGAUCCCUAUGCAACUCCCUACUAUGAGCAUGAGGCUGAGCGAUAUUGGCGUGGUGGACAAUAUGAAAACUUCAGGGUGCAGUGGACCGAAGCGGAUUAUCACUACAGGGAAAGAGAGAGAGAAAGGGAGAGAGAAAGAGAUCGCGAAAGGGAGCGAGACAGACACCGAGAGCAGCGCGAGAGGGAAAGAGAAAGAGAAAGAGAACGAGGAAACAGGAUACGGGAACGAGAGCGGGACAGGGAGCGUGAACGUGACAAAGAACGGCAGCGAAGAAAAGAAGAGUGGGAGCGAGAACGAGCGAAGCGAGAAGAGAAAGAGAGAGCACAAAAGGACAGAGAGCGAGAGAAAGAGAAACCAAAGCAGAGAUCCCCACCUCCAACAAGCCGACAAGCAGAAACACCCAAGAAAGAAGCUCUUCCACUGACAACAGUGAAACGGGCAGACGAAUGGAAAGAUCCCUGGCGCCGAUCCAAGUCACCCAAAAAAAGGCCAGUUUCAACAGCAUCGCCAGGACGUGGACGCAAGCGAAGAAGAACAUCUGGUUCAUCCGUUUCAGUGUCUGGCUCGUCAAGGUCUUCAUCUCGUUCUUCUUCAUAUUCAGGAUCUGGGUCAUCCAGGUCGCAAUCAAGAUCACAUUCGAGAUCAUCUUCUUACAGCUCGUAUUCCAGCCAUUCCUCCAGGCAUAGCUCAUACUCUGGCAGCAGAUCAAGGUCACAAUCAUUCUCGUCUUCACCUUCCCCAACUCCAUCUCCAACGCGGGCAAAAGAUGCCACAGUAGCAAAGACUAAAGGAGGAAUAGGAGGUGCUGCAGGAGGAGUUGAUGCUCCAGCCCCCACUGGAAAAAGUGAUAAAACUGUGAAGAAACUGCCGUCGCCACAGCCUUCAGGUCCGUCUGCAGGAGCAAAGGUUACAAAGGCUGGUGCAGAGGGUGCGAAACCUGCCGAGAACAGAGAGGGAAGGAAGAAGGAGCGGGUGCCCCGCACACCUCCCCGGAGGCAGACUGCAAGUGGGAGUGGUAGUGAUAGUGGCAGUAGUUACAGUGGGUCAAGUUCACGUUCACCAUCACAUUCUCGCUCCGUGUCUCGGUCUACGUCAGCAUCUGGCUCUCGAUCCGCAUCAGGUUCCCACCGAUCCAGAUCUCUCAGCGUGAGCAGUGUGUCUUCCGUGUCCAGUGCAUCGUCAAGCAGUAGCUCUAUCAGAAGUGCAGACUCUGAGAACAUGUAUGCAGAUCUAGCCAGUCCCGUGUCCUCUGCAAGCUCCAGAUCACAGGCUCCUCCUCAGCAGCAGAAGCAAAAGGAAAAAGUGAAACCCAAGAAGGAGGAGACACCAAGGGAGAAGGAACGUGAAGAGAGGCGAAAACGUGAGAUUCCACCACAGCCACAGAAAACUUCUGCACCAAAACCAGCCCAGAUCAGCAAACCCUCACAACUUGUCUACAGCGCACACAAAGAUAUCAAGCUGACCCUGCUAAACAAGCCUGCUGACAAAGGCACUCGCAAACGGUACGAACCUUCCGAAAAAGAGAGGCCGUCUUCGCCACCUUCCAAACGGGUGGCCAUGUCUCCCGAAAGAGGGCAUCGUGAGCGGAAGCCAUUUGGGAGGCCACCAUCACCAAAGGGGGAUCGUCAGAGCACCCGAGUGCCACCGAUGGUGAGAUCAUCUCCUGCCCAAGCAGACAGAAAACGGGCUCCAUCGCCACAGUCGAAGGUCUCAAGCAAGGUGACAAGUGUAUCCUCAAGCUCCAAGUCUCACGAGGCAGCAGGCUCUGGCAGCAGUGUAGCUUCUGCAAAGGCCAGUAAAUCCAACACAUUAUCCCGCAGAGAGGAACUGCUGAAGCAGCUGAAAGCUGUCGAAGAUGCCAUCGCCCGAAAGCGAGCAAAGAUCCCCGGCAAGGUCCAGUAGUUGUCACCCACCCAAAGCAGGACUGUGGGUCCUUCGGUUAGACAGCUGUCAGUAUUUUCAGUGAUCAAAUCUGUGAUUAUUUCAGGAAGCAGCCACGUUUUGGGAUUUCCUCGAGUACCCCUCACUGCCACCUUCCCAAACCUUCUGCUGUGCCAGUGGGAGGUGUUAGCUGCAGAUGUGACAUCAUUCUGUUCCUCCUCAAACUGGAAGAUGCUGCCGACUGUGAACCCAGUCACGAAUUUAACACAAACUGAUGUUGCAGUGGCACUCUGCUCGACGUGAGCACUCAGUGACUUGUGGAACCUGACCCUAGAAAAGCCACGCCUUUUACACGUUAGCAAUUCUUUGUGUGUGUGUGUGUGUGUGUGUGUGUGUGUGGUGUCUUGAAGGACUUCCUCACAGUUACAUACUGUUUCCAGAGAGCAGGUGAAUGUGCUGUCAAACGCUGCUUUCUCUUUCUUGAACCACAAACUCCCUCCCACAUCAACACAUCCACUUUUUUGGCUACACUUGUUCUUCUGGCUUCCCAAAUAAAUAUUCAUUCUUUUAUUUUACACCUUUUAUUUUUAAUGUCAUACACAGACCUUAUGGUUAUGUUGAAUGUGCAGAUUGAAAUCUUGGACCUCUUUCAAAGGAUCAUUUGGCUAACACACACCGCUGAUGGGUUGUGGUGAAGCAGGUUCUUAUGUGCUUGAAACAUCUGACGUUUUGAGGACAGAUUGUUUGCAUUGAACGGGCAGAUAAAUGUUCAGGAUUGAUUUUUUUUACAUGACUUUAAUAAAGGAUUUACUAGCUGUAAAGAAUCGGAACGAUUGUGAUGAGAAAAUCAGCCUUAAAACUCCAGAGUGCAGUCCGUCAACACUUGCACUUUGAGAGAUGUACCGCACAGCUGCUCAGAGAUGCAGGUUUCACUUACUGCGGUGAAGCACAAGGAGACAUGACACAUUGCAUCAGUCCCAGGGACAGCAGAUAUACCUCCUCAGCCAAUAUCUCAAGUUCAACCUCUUGCCCUUGUUGCCAGUUGUUCUGAAAUAUGGGACAUUCCUCAGGCUGUCUUGAUCUCAGCCUCACCCCUCCCAUCUUCCCCUAUCUCCCCUUCUUCUCCCUCUCCCAUCCUCUCUAUCCCCCAUCUCUCUUCCCCCCGCCCCCCCCACCACGAUCUCCUUCUCCUAAAGCUUCUGACUCUAGAGUCUCCUUACUGUGGGGUUCAAUGCCUCAGUCAGUACUCAGUGACCAUCUUUCUUCUGUCCAGCUGAAACCUUCCAUGUUGGUCUCCAGACAGACAGUUCUAUUAAUGUACAUCAUUCCAUCACCUUUCUGUUGUGUCCUAAUUGCAGACCUCACCUGCUAUUUAUUGUGAAAUGUUUCACCUCAUCAAGAGAAAAACUGAGUUUUAUGUGUGGCUGUUUACUAAUGGGUACUUUUCUCAGUCUUCAGACCACAAAUCACCUCUCUGUCCUCCCAUGAGAAAAUAUUCAUUUAAAAUUCUUAUAAUUUUUAACAUUCCCCCACCACCUUUCCUCUUUUUCUAUUCCCCACGCUGACCUCACCUGCCCAUCACCAACCCCUAGUGCCCCUUCUUCUCCCCUUUCUCCAUAGUCCACUCUCCUAUCAGAUUCCUUCUUCUCUAGCUGUUUACCUCUUCCACCCUCCUGACUGCACCUAUCACCUUCUAGCCUGUCCUCCCCAUCCCUGCACCUUCUUAUUCUGGCAUCUUCCCCUCCCUUUCCAGUCCUGAUGAAGGGUCUUGGCCUGAAACAUUGACCUGCUGAGUUCCUCCAACAUUAUGUGGAUAUAUUCCGAAGCGUAUUGUUGCUGGAGAAAACGACAGAACAUAAUCACGAUUAAUCAAUUGUAGACUGGAAUCCUGCCCCGUUACCGAGGAACAUGGAAUGGACAGGCUGAAGAGAGUUUCUGGGAAUUUUAAGCCAAACCACUUUGCAAUGUGACAGUUCACCACUGUCUUUGUAUCUUUAACAAAGGAGUGACCUCAAUAAAUGUUAUCCCAUAUGCAUUUCUGGGUUUUUCAGGCUUAAAACCAUCUUCAGUCAUAAUUAUACGGAACACAGUACAAGA